AUGGCUAGGAACGGAAGAACAGACUACGAUGACAGUGAGCCGGUAUCAGGCUCCUUGAGGAUGCCAGCUGCGACGCCAAGCUCAUACGAUUAUGGCAAUUUAGAUCGGGGCAGUUCGAUCGCCGAAUCCGAGAUUGGAGGCAGAGAGAGGUCAUCUUCGUUCUCAUCUCGAUUUCGCCAAGCGGGAGGUGUUAACAGUCUGGACAACUUUGCGCGAUCUUGGCAGAGAGCAGCUGCCUUCCCGGAGGUCAUUCCAAGACGAUCUUCCUUUGUGUCCGUGGAGUCAGACGAUGAACUGGCAAUCGCUACCGGUCAGAGCUACGGUUCUCAAUCCUGGGGUAGGCGCUCCGAUAUAGAGCGACCCCUUCUUCGUGAAGUCUCGGACUCGGGCUCGGGCUCAGACCGGGAUGAUGGGGAUUCGCGAGCACCCGAUUCAUCUAAGAGGACACUUCCUAGUACCAGACUGCUUGCUUCUUCGUUCGAUAGGGGUUUCGCUACUUCGUACGGUACGAUCUCCUCGCGGAUGAGUGAGUCGACGCGGCGAAAUGCGAUUAUUUUUCACAGAGAGCAAUUACCUCACGCACAUCUAGACGGAGCUGGAGACCCGGAUCGGGGUCCGUUGCUUGUCAAGCAUAUUCAACACGAAGAUGGCACAAAGGAGGACGUCAUUGUCGGACAAUCCACUGUUCCGCAGACAAUCUUCAAUUCGGUCAAUGUGUUGAUCGGUAUCGGCUUGCUGAGUCUCCCCUUGGCCUUGAAGCAUGCCGGUUGGGUAGUAGGGCUGUUGUUCCUCCUGUUCUCCGCAGUGGCAACCUCCUACACUGCCAAGAUUCUGGCCAAAUGUCUGGAUGCUGACCGGAGCGUUGUCACGUAUGCUGAUCUCGCUUAUAUCAGUUUCGGACACAAUGCCCGCUUAAUUACCAGUUUCCUGUUCUGCCUGGAACUUCUAGGUGCAUGUGUUGCGCUAGUCGUGCUUUUUGCAGACAGCUUAUACGCUCUGCUACCUGGAUUGAGCAUCCUUGAAUGGAAGAUCGUCUGUGGAGUCGUACUUAUCCCACUCAAUUUCUUGCCACUACGAUUCCUGAGUAUCACUAGCAUCUUGGGUAUAGUCUCAUGCACAUCGAUUGUGGUACUUAUUUGCAUAGAUGGCCUCAUCAAGCCCGAUUCCCCGGGCUCCCUGCGACAGCCAGCUAACACGUUCCUCUUCCCUGAGAACUGGGCCACCAUACCUCUCAGCUUCGGUCUAAUCAUGUCACCCUGGGGUGGGCACGGCGUCUUCCCUAACAUCUACAGAGAUAUGAGACAUCCUCAUAAGUACGGCAAGAGCCUUUGGGCCACUUAUCUAUUCACGUUUACUCUGGACUGCUCCAUGGCGAUUAUUGGCUGGCUCAUGUUUGGUGAUAUCGUCUUCGACGAAAUCACGGCAAACGUCCUCACCGUCACCGACUACCCACAGUCCAUGUCUAUCUGUAUUAUAAUCUUCAUCUCGAUCAUUCCGCUCACGAAAGUACCACUGAAUGCCCGGCCUCUUGUGGCCACAUUUGAAGUUCUUUGCGGACUCCAUGUGCCUGCUCGGGAGGGCUACGAAACCAUCCAUCAAAUCUCACGGGCGAUGAUCCGCGUUAUUCUCGUGGCCAUGAUUGUGGUUUUGGCGAUCGUCUUCCCGGCGUUUGACCGUAUCAUAGCAUUCAUGGGAUCGUUCUUGUGUUUCACCAUUUGCAUCAUCCUCCCUCUUGCAUUUUACCUCAAGAUCUUUGGCAAGGAGAUCAACCGAGGUGAGUAUAUUAUGGAUUGGAUCCUGCUCAUCGUUUCUUCGAUCUUGGCAGCCGUGGGCACCGUCUGGGCCUUUUUGCCACAGGAAAUGCUCACUGCAAACUAG